CAGAGAGAGCGAGAGAGAGAGAAGAGAGAGAGGGGGAGAGGAGUGAAUGGGCACGACUCACUGCGCCCUUCACUUAUCGAUAUCGAUCAGUUUGGUAAUCGAGACAUUAAACCCACAACGGGUCCGUUAGGUGAGCCUGGGAGCUAGCCGGAGCACCAGAGGCUACCACGAUGGGACGCGUGUGAAGCAGCCCGGAGCUAACAGCAGCCUGGCGGAGAAAGGAACAAGGAAGCGGACAGCUAGCUGCGCUGCACCGAAGCUAACGUUGGCUAACUGUUGGCUAAUAUUAUUUCUAAUGAGCGACCGAGGAGCAUGCGACCUGAUACGAAGAGCUGACUUGUUCGGGGAUGUCGGGCAGUAAGGCGCUGGGUGGGGGGGCUGGCGGGGGGGCGAGGCGCAGGCGGACGCGGUGCCGGCGCUGCCAGGCCUGUAUGAGGACAGAGUGUGGAGAGUGUCACUUCUGUAAGGACAUGAAGAAGUUCGGAGGGCCCGGCCGGAUGAAGCAGUCCUGCCUCCUGAGACAGUGCACAGCGCCGGUGUUGCCUCACACGGCGGUGUGUUUUGCGUGUGGCGAGGCGGGGAAGGAGGACACCGUGGAUUCGGAGGAGGAGAAGUUCAGCCUCUCUCUGAUGGAGUGCACCAUCUGUAACGAGAUCAUCCACCCCAGCUGUCUGAAGAUGGGCAAAGCUGAAGGAAUCAUCAACGAUGAGAUCCCAAACUGCUGGGAGUGUCCCAAGUGCCACAAGGAGGGCAAGACCAGUAAGGACCAGGCCGACGGCUCGGGGAAGCGCCGGCUGGAUAACGGGGAGGUAGGUCGCUGGAAGCUCACGGACGACCCUCCCCCUAAAAAGAAAGCUCUUCCCUCCAUGGACGAGGGGGGGAGGACGGAGGGGGGGCACAAGAGGAAGAAGGAGAAGGAGCUGCCUCAGGACAGCGGGCCCAAGAAGAAGAUGAAAGGAGCCCAUGAAAAACGCCUCAAAAAGAAACCCAAACAGGAGGCGCUGGAGUCCAACGGCCCCGCCUCCUCGGCUGGAGGAGGAGCUGGAGGACUGCAGGGCUCCUCCACUUCUUCUUCUUCGCAGCCCGGAGGAGGCGGUGGGGGAGGAGGGGGAGGAGCAGGGGGGACGUCGAGUGCAGACCAGCGCUCCCACCACAGAGAGAAAUUGGAGCGUUUUAAGAGGAUGUGUCUGCUGGAGCGUCGGGCCUCCUCCUCCUCCUCCUCCUCCUCCAGCUCCGAGUCUGACUCCGAGUCUGACUCCGAUGAGUCCCUGAGGGGGGAGCAGGGGGGAGGCUCCUCGCCGUCGUCCUCUUCCCCCGCCCCGCCUCCUCCUGUUGUCUAUGGGAAUAGCAGCGGGGGUCGAGCGGAGAGGGAGAGGAGUCGCAGCGAGCGGGAGAGAGAGAGGGAGCGGGACAGACGUCUGGCCGAGCUGGGCUUCAGCGCCAGCGAGGAGUCGGAGGGGGAGGGAGGGAGGGGGGAGGAGGAGGAACGUGAGGAAGAGCAGGGAGGAGGGCUGUUGGAUGGAGAGGAGGAGGACAGGACCAGGAAAAACUCCUCCUCCCUCCCCCCGCCCUCACCCCUCUCCUCCAAUCAGAUGACUCCGUCCUCGCAGCAUGACGGUUUCCCGGGGAAGCAGCGCAGCAACGGACAGGAGGCGCGCAACGGACGGACACGAGGAGGGACGGGAGGGGGGAGGGAGGGAGGGGAGAAGGAGAAUGCCAGCGGGGUUCUGACCAAUCACAGACACAGUGGGGGAGGAGGGGGUGGGACUAAAGGCAGCGGGAGUCGUGGCAACAAGAUCCGUAGCAACAGCAAGAACCAGGUGUCCAGGAACAUCUCCUCCUCCUCCUCCAUCCCCACCUCAAACGGUGGUGGAGGGGGGGGCCCAGGGGGAGGCGGCCUGAUGAUGUCAGCGAUGGCAGCGUCUCCCUGCUCCCAGCCGUCGCGCCUUGCGCCCCGCUCCCAGAUGAUGAAGCGCAGCCCGCCGGCCGUGCCCUCGCCCCCCCGUCCCGUUCAGAUGGAGAGGCACCUGGUGCGCCCGCCCCCCACCUGCCCCGAGCCCAGCUGUCUGCCUCUGGACUGUGGCGCCUCCCACAUCAUGACCCGGGACGUGUGGCUGCGAGUCUUCACCUACCUGAGCCACCGCGAGCUCUGCGUCUGCAUGAGAGUCUGCCGCACCUGGAGCCGCUGGUGCUGUGACAAGAGGCUGUGGACUCAGAUCGACCUGAGCCGGCAGCGCUCCAUCACCCCCCCCAUGCUGAGCGGUAUCAUCCGCCGACAGCCCGUCUCCCUCAACCUGGGUUAUACCAACAUCUCCAAGAAACAGCUGAUGUGGCUCAUCAACCGCCUGCAAGGUCUGCUGGAGCUGAACGUGUCUGGGUGUCCGUGGCCGGCGGUGUCGGCUCUGUGUCAGGCCGUCUGUCCCUGUCUGAGGCUGCUGGACCUCAGCAGAGUGGAGGACCUGAAAGACUCGCACCUGAGAGAGCUGCUCGCCCCCCCACCUGACACCAGGACAGCUCACGGUGAAACCAGAGUGGGGCGUUUCCAGAACGUGACCGAGCUGCGAUUGGCCGGUUUGGACCUGACGGACGCGUCGUCUCGUCUGCUGGUGCGUUACGUCCCUCACCUGACCAGGUUAGACCUGAGUCAGAGCGGAAACAUCACGGACCAGACGGUUCACACCCUCACCUCCCCCAUCUCCCCCCUGAGAGAGAGCCUCACCCACAUCAACCUGGCAGGUUGUGUUAAAGUGACGGAGCAGUGUGUCCCGUUGCUGCGGCGUUGCUCCUCCCUGCAGACGGUCGACCUGCGCUCCUGCUCCCUCCUCUCCUCUGAGACCGGACAGCUGCUCUCCUUCCCCUCCCACACCUCCUCCUCCUCCUCCACAUCCUCUUCCUCCACACCCUCCUCUUCCUCCGCCGCUGCCGCCACCAUUGCUGCUUCAUCCUCCUCUUCCACAUCUGCCUCCUCCUCCUCCUCCUCCUGUCCUCCUGAAGACAGAACACUGCUGAAGAACAGCUAAAGUCCUCCUCCAUGUCACGUGACACUCGGUCCAGACAGCCUGAAAGCCCCACCUCCCACCUCGUUACACUACAGACAGGUGAGGAAGAGGAGGAGAGGACCUGUGCAGCAUUUCUCCUGAAGCUGGAAACGACCGAGGAGGAGAAGAAGGAG